UUCUGCAAUGUUGACAGUUUUCACUGAGAUGAUCAACUUCCUUCUUUUGGAAGUAUGUAUAUUCCAAACAACGUGUUGGGCAACUGUAGACUAUUACUCAGCUGGCACAAGCAGUCGGAAAAGACAUGCAUCCACAUGCAACAACAAAGAACAGGGAAGGUGUACUUCCCAUGACCACACCUCCUGAAACAAACAGGCGUGUUGAUAAGGCGGCUGCACAGCCUGCUGCUGGUCAUUGAAACCAAAGACAUCUGUUUGUGGAGCUAUGGACCAAAAAGUGAUGGUUAUUUCAGUGCUGGAGUGGGGUGCAGCCACCCCUCGAAACAAGGAGACUUUGAGAGGCCCUGCCCAGAGAGUUAUUAUACACCACACUGCUCUUGCAAACUGCAAGGACCAGAAGGACUGCAUGGACCAACUUGUCAGCAUUCAGAGAAUGCAUAUGAAAGAAAGGGCCUUCGACAACAUCGGAUAUAAUUUUCUUGUUGGAGGAGAUGGGACGGUGUACGAGGGCCGUGGCUGGGGCGUGGUAGGAGCACAUACUAAAGGCAACAAUCAUGACUCAUUGGGGAUCGCCUUCAUGGGAAAUUUCAACUAUGACACGCCAAGCAAAGAGGCAAUUUCGUCAGUCAGACAGCUGCUGGAGUCUGGAGUUUGCGAGGGCUUCUUACACCCACAGUUUGUCCUGUUUGGACACAGAGAUUUGGGCAACACAGAAUGUCCAGGACAGAAACUUUAUGCUGCACUACCACAACUUAGGAGAAGCACAUAAAGCUCCUCGCAGAUGUUGAUGGUUUCCAUGGAAAAUUCUCUCCUUACCUUUAGUUGCACACAAAACCUUCAUCAGUUUUUUGUUAAUCCCAGAUAUGGAAUUAACAAAAUGACAACAUGAAGAGGAACUUCAUUGUUUGAACACUAACUCUCCAAUCUUUUUUUCCUCUUUUUACAUUUUUUAUUUUAUCAUGGCUGUCUUAAUAAAUCAGGGAAGGUUUGUGUUGUAACGAGAAGAUUUUCUACAGGUUUCACACUCUGUCAGCAGAGGGAGCUGUCACAUGGACUCUAGUUGUGCAAAAGGCCUAAUCUACAAACUGACAGUGAAUACAUUUUGAUUUUAAAGCAGUUCUCACCUUUUAAUGUGAUGUCAUUCUUCCAUGUGCAAUAUUUAUAUGGAGUUCAAUACAUUUUACAAAUGAAUACUUGAUUGAUAUCAUUAUGAGUGGACCUUGGUGUAAACAUUUACAUUUAUUCAACCUGUUCUUACA